GAUGGAUGGACCGAUAAACCUUGUUUGUUGAUCGGAAAGGUAAGUUAAAAACAUAGAGAGAUCUGAGAAUGGGAAAUGAGACGAAGACCAACAACGGUGGUGCUGCAAGUAUGGCCGGAGGCGGAGGAUUCAGAGCUAAAAUGGAACAUUACGUUUACAGUGGUGAAAGGAAGCACGUCUUGGUUGGGAUCGGAAUCGUCACCAUCAUCUUCGGAGUUCCUUGGUAUGUGAUGACUCAAGGGUCAAAGCAUCAAUCUCACCAAGAUUACAUGGACAAGGCCGAUAAAGCUCGAAAAGCCCGCCUCUCAUCGUCUUCAUCAGCUAACAAGUAGUCUGUCUCAAGUACUUGCACACUGAUACUCAUUUACCCACACGAGUUAAAACUUAGUAAAAAGAGUCUGAAACUUUGUGGUUUAGAUUCAAGCUUGUUCUUACUUUCAUAUUUUUUGAUGCACCAUGUUUGGUUAUCUGUUUUUUAAUAAAAAGACAAAAGAUUCUAUCACA